CUUUUGCAUUUAUAAGGUUUGAUUAUCACUUGGAAACAGCUAUAAUAACGAGGCACCAUUACAACUAUUAACUCAAAAGGUUUUCAAAAUAUUACCUAAACCAAUGGCGACGCUGCAAAGAUUCAAGUUCCUAGCGACGCAGUGUGGAGUUGAACAAAGCCCCACACGAAGUCCAAGCCCGAGUACAAGUCCUUUGGUACAGUUUCGUCGCAAGAAGACAACCUUAAAGAUGCUUCUGAGUCUUGGAUCGCCAAGCCGCCGAGAGCAGACUCUGAUUCAUCAUGAGGCUUCUCACAGGGACGUAGGUGGACGCAAACUGAGAGACUUAUUCGUCUCUUCGUCUCCUCUAGAGGAAGAAGAAGAAGAAGAGGAGGAGAGACCAAAGGGGAAAACAAAAGAAGAAGUUCUUGCAGCCAUGAGAGCUAAACUAAACGCAUCUGCUGGUUCACAGAUGGAAUCAGCGGUUUGGUUCGGAUUCAGCAAAAGGCUUCUCAAGCGAGCUUGGCGUCCUAAGCUUGGUACCAUUACUGAGUAA